AUGGCCGAAUCCCACCGCGCGCACUUUGUGUCUCUCCACGUGCGCAUGUCGAACGUCGCUGCGCUCCGUCUUUACCGUGAUACUUUGGGCUUUGAGGUUGAAAAAGUCGAGAGUGGAUACUAUGCCGAUGGCGAGGAUGCGUACGCUAUGCACUUGAAUCUGCAGAAUAUGUGGCUAGACUGGAAGGCGAUUGAGAAACGGGACCGGGAGAAUAAUAAGGAGGAAGGCGACGAGGAUGUCGAUGAGGGAGAGGAGGUUGGAGACCUAGGGAAGAAGGAUAUGGAAAAGCAGAUUCGCGUCAAGGUCGGGAGGGGUCUCGGUGUUGGCGAUCUUGUUGAGAAGAAUGAGUCGCAGGCUUAA